CAGUGACAAUUUAAUACAACAAAAACUAGACAAAUAAUUUGGUGCUUAAAAUUCUAUUUGGACGUUGAAACUUUAGAGUCAAACUGUAUGGAAAUGCGCAGGUUGAAUUUGUGCCCUAGUUUAAUUCGACUAUUUGACUGAAAUGGGGAACAAAGUUUCCAGCGCGCCCAGCGCAAUCGAAGAGUAUGGUCGAAGCGUCCGUUACGAUUAUUCUCAUGCCGAUUUAAUUGGAACGGGUUCAUUUGGCGUUGUUUACAAAGCCAAAGUUGUAAAGCGUGGCAGUUAUACAGGACAUGUCAUAGCUGCCAAAGUGACCCACUUUGGUGCCCAUUCCGCAGCAGCUGACGACGGCCAAAGCUGGAUGGAAUCCGUUAAAAGGUUGAGAAAGCUUACCGAAUUGGUUAGCGAUCAUGUCGUAGUCUAUCAUAAAAUUUCCAUCAUUAAAGCUUCCGGUGGAGUAACAGUUGAGCUAGCAAUGGACUGCCACAAAGGUGACCUUGCCUCUCUUUUGAUUUUUGAAGGAAGCUGAACAAAACGAUCACGUCCUAAAUAAUGAUAGAAAGAUAAUCCAAUUUACCAAGCACAUAACUCAGGGUUUGGAAUUCCUGCAUCACGAGGCAUAAUCCAUGGCGAUUUAAAGCCAGAAAACAUCCUUGUACAGAUCGAAACUGGUGGCCAAGAAAAGCUGCUGAUUGGGGAUUUGGAUAACCUAAUUUUAUUGCAAGGACAUUCUACUUGUUCUGCCGACAUUUCACACAUACACGGUACAACGCGCUACAUGUCACCAGAAAUGCUAAGAAGAUUCUCUCAAGAAGGAACAGAAGCACCGGGACGAAAAACCGACAUCUGGAGCCUAGGUUAAUUCUGGAAAAGGCCGAAUGUCGCGAAAGACACCAGGGACUCAAGAAAAGACUGAUAAAAGAUGGGAAGAUUGCCGAAGCUGGCCAUAGGGGAAAUCAUCCGGCGAUGUUUUCAUCCAGUUAGUACAAUCCGGAUAUCCGCAGCAGAACUUCUGCAGGUGUUACAGAGAAAAGAAGUUAUGAUUGUAUUUCUUGCGUGCAGCGCUAAUUCUAUCCGAAAUUUAUUGGUAUUCGAUCCUUUGGCUCACUGUCACGGUGUUCACGACAAGAUGAUCGGACCGGCACAUCCAGACCUUACGUCGUAUUACUGGAUUCAGUUAGCAGCGACAGAAGACAAAUUAAUAUUUAUAAAAUGUUCUGAUGACUUAGCGGUGGAAUUCAGGUUGUGGAAUAUAGGCAAGGGAUUUUGCCGGAAAUUGAAGCCUUCGGCGCGUGUAUACUAUAUCGCAUGCCCCAUCAUUGUAGACCACAAGAUCUACUUCUGGGACUACUUUAAUGUGUUUUAUGCUAUGGAUAUCUCAACUGGCAUUGUUGCUUGGCCCAAAGUCCAUACGUCAAUAAUUAAUAUUGGCCUAGCCGCUGCCCAAGCAGUGACUAAACAUGGUCAUCAUAUCUUUUAUGCGACAACUCUUGCCGUGCUCCGGUAUGAUACGGUAGCGGAUAAAUGGGAAUCAUUGCCUGGUCUGCCCGAAUGGCGAAUGCACUUUGCCAUGAGCGUAGUGACUGGAUACUUGUACAUCAUGGGCGGAGAGAUCCGUGUUUCCGAUGAGGAUGAGACAAUUCCCACUGCGUGUUGCAUCCGUUUGAAUCUGCAAACUGCGGAAUGGGAAGAGAUGGAGCCACUGCAACAACCGCGGUGUUGCCACACAGCUUGCGUUGUCGAGAACAAGAUAUACGUGUACGGUGGCUUGGAUGCUGCAGGUUGGCAUGCGUUAACCAUAGAAUCUUACGCUACUAAACAAAAAACAGGAUGGUCUACCGUCGCCUUGCUGGAAAAGGAUAUCCAACUGCUGUCGGACUUUGCGGAAAACUUUACUGUUUUCAGGACGAUAAUAACCGCCGUUUCUUUCAACCUGGAUGGUGCCAUUCCUCCAUGUAGUUUUACAAAAGACAGAUACGAAAACGAUGCAUUGAAACCUCUUUCGUUAAAAACAAAAUCCUUGUACUGACUUAUAAGCUUAUUUUAUAAGUAGAAUUCAAUUGCAAGCCAACUUAAAGUACAGUAAGAAGUAUCAGUUAGCA